GGGAGCCACCGUAGUUUCGACGAGCGGAGGGAAGCAAAAUGGCGGACGACGAUAUUACGCUCGACGGGAAACCUCUACAGUCGCUGCGAGUGGCGGACCUGAAAGCCGCGCUGGAGCAGAGAAACCUGCCCAAGAGCGGCCAGAAGAACGCGCUGGUCAAGCGGCUGAAGGGGGCUCUGAUGCUGGAAAACCUACAGAGGUCAUCCUCCUCCCACAGUGGGCUGCAGCCCAACUCUCAGAUAGGGGAGGAGAUGUGCCAGAACAGCUUCAUUAAACAGUACCUGGCCAAACAGCAGGAGCUCCUUCGCCAGAGACUUGAGAGAGAGGCCCAGCAGGAGGAAGACGCCGACGAAAGCCCAGCAGUGCCAGAGGAGGAUGAAGAGCACUCGGAAGACAAUGACUGCUAUGUCUCUGACAAGCCGCACCGCCCCGUACCUUCCCAGUCCAAUCUGACCAGAGCAGAGGAGAGAGGAGGAGGAGCGUCUGUGAUGGGUCAUGGGAUGAUGGCAUACAACCCUGACAUGGGCCCCAGUCCCACCCUUCACCACCAUGAGCCCCCUGAAGCUGCAGGAGCGAGGAUGCAGCGAGCCAUGGGGCACAAGGAACCCCCAGCCCCCUCUCCUCCUCGUGCUGUAGCCUCCCUGUCAGUGCGCGUCCUGGGUAAGCCAGACCGCCAGGGGCUGCCCCCUGCCGUGCCCCGAGCCCAGGAGAAGGAGGGAACUGCCCCGAGUGAACCAGGGUCAGCUCAUCCUGUCCUCCACCUGAGCCGGUCUGCUGGAGUAGCGACGGGAAGCAAUGUCAUUAUGGAUAGUGACGAUGAUGACGGUGAUGAUGAGUGUGAGGAUGAUGAGGAUUGGGGGCCUGGUCCUGGCAAAGCACGAAAGGCUAACAGAGUCCCUCCUCAGCCACAGCAGAUGCCCCCCAGUGUCCCUUUGGCAGGCGCAAGGUCCAAGCGCAAGCUUCAACCUCCGCAGCACAUCCCACCACCACAGGUACACCACACCCCCAUGCAGCUGCGCCACCCCACGCCUCCUCCCUCUCCACCCCCAGACCUGUUUCCCCUCCCUGACACACCCAAGCAGAGUCCACCAGACGCAGAGAACCAGGAGGGAGAGGGUUCUCAGCCUGCACCAAGGGUGGAUUCUGUCCCACUUCCUACCUUGCAGAGGCAAGACUCUGACUCCAGCUCUCGCUCCAGCAGCCCUGACCCCCCUGUGAAGUGUAGGCCCGGACCCCUUUCUCUGCUUGUGCACAAGAUGGAGUCAGAGGGAGCUUUCCGUGCAUCUACAGAGAUGUCAGAAGAUGCAGCUCAUUCCACUGCUGGGUCUUCCAGUGAGUCACCCCUGCAAAAACUGGAGAGAAAGAGGCAACAAGAGACCAGAGAGAUGGAGGAGGAGAGGCACCUGAAAAAAGAGAAGGAGAGAGAGCGACAGCUGGAGCAGGAGAGGGAGAGAACUAAGGCACAAGAACAGGAGAGAGAGAAGAAACGCCUGGAAGGAGAGAAGGAAAAGGAGAGAAAACGACUGGAAGAAGAGGAGAAACGGCAUCAGAAAGAGGAGCGAGAAAAAGAGAGAAAACGUCAGGAAGAGGAAAAAGAAAAAGAGAGAAAACACCAGGAAGAUGAGAAGAGACGAGAGGAGAAGCGGCUAAAGGAAGAGCAGGAUAAGAGACAGCAGACAGCCAAGAAAGCGUGGGUGGUCGUAACUGAGCCGCAAGAUUCAGGUUCCUCGUCUGAUUCCGACUCCAAAUCAGACUCGUCUUCACGUUCUUCACAAUCCUCCUCCUCCAGGGAUAAAUCCUCCCCUGCCAGGCCACUGAAGAAGGUAAAACCAGGACAAGAAGCAGAGGAAGAAAAAAAUACCAACCUGAGUAAGGAGGUGGAGAAACGACACCUUUCCAAAAGGGAGGUGUCGGAGCCUAGUGCAGCCGCCGUGACAGAGGUGGAACCAGACUCUGAGAGUUCCAUGGCCGAUCAGCCGGCGUCCGGCGCUGAGCCGGAGAGCAGCGAGAACCGCCUGGAGGAGAGCACAACUCCUAAGGCUUUCGCUGCCCGGAAGAUAUCCUUGACCAGCAGUAAGACGUCUCCAGCCACCGCAGAUGGAGGAGCAGGAGAAUCUGAGACGGCGACGGCAGCAGGAAGGAAGAGGCGCUGGGGCUCCAGCACAGCAGUCACUGCUAAGAAACCAUCCAUCAGCAUCACCACCGACUCACUGAAGUCUUUGAUCCCGGACAUUAAAGUGAACCAGGAGGCUGUCGUGGAGCUUCACCCAGAGGAGCUGCAAAUGUCAGGGGACGAGGAGAACCUGGACAACAGCCACAGUGACCAGGACAAAGGACUGAAGAUCAGACGCACCGUCACACAGGUCGUCCCAGGUGACAGUCAGGAAAAUGGCCAGACAAAUGAAGAGGAAGAGGUGGAGAAACCGGAGAAGGAAAAACCGCGCAGGACUUCCAGAGACAAAAGGAAGAACAGUCUCUCUGAGGAAGCAGCAGAAUCACAGACAUCCGUCAAUCUUGACGUCGAGGCAAAGAAAGUUACUCCCAGCGACAGUCUGGUGCGUCGCUCCAUCAGUCAGCAGAAGUCCGGCGUGUCCAUCACCAUCGACGACCCCGUCCGCGCAGCUCGGCAGCCCUCGCCACCUCGAGGCAAAAUCUCAAAUAUCAUCCAUGUGACCAACCUGGUGCGCCCCUUCACCCUGGGUCAGCUGAAGGAGCUGCUGAGCCAGACCGGCACCUUGGUGGAAGACGGCUUCUGGAUCGACAAGAUCAAGUCUCACUGCUUUGUCACUUACACCACCGCAGAGGAGGCAGUCUCCACCAGAUCUGCCAUCCACGGGGUUAAAUGGCCUUCAAGCAAUCCCAAGGUCCUCAGCGUCGACUUCUGUGAGCAGGAUGAGCUGGACUUUCACAAAGGCGUCCUGAAACCCGACAAAGAGGAGGACCACGUUCCCCCACCAAGCGCCCCUCAGAACCGGCUGCCCCCACUGAUGCCCGAGCGGGAGCGGGGAGUCGCUGGAGUGCGCGACCUAUGGGCUGAACGGCAAAGAGAGAUGGAGCGCCGGGAGCGGGCCCGUGGCGAGCGGGAAUGGGACCGGGACAAGGUCCGGGAAUUCGCAAGACCGGGGGAGGACGGCCGCCGAUCCCGAUCCAGAGAGAGAGAGCGCAGGAGGAAGGAGAGGGCGAAGAGCAAGGACAAGAAGUCAGAUAAGAAAGAAAAGGGAGAUGAGCCUCCGGCCAAACUUCUAGAUGACUUGUUCCUCAAGACCAAAGCGGCUCCAUGUAUAUACUGGCUUCCCCUGACAGAGGAUCAGGCGACACAAAGGAUUCUGGACCGCAAGGAGCGGCAAAAGGAGCGCGAGCGGCGGUGCAAGCAACAGCAAGAGGAUGAGGACAAGAAGCGGGAAGAGGAGAGGAAGGAGAGGCUGAAGGCUCGCGAGAAGGAAGGCGGCAGCGGCGGCGUGACGGUUAGCGGCGGAGUGGCCGCGAGAGGAGCCGACGGAGACCGAGAGAGGGACCGCGGCCGAGACAGAGAGCCGGACAAGAGGAGGGACAGCGGUCAGCGGCCCAAUCGACCUUCAGCCAGCACUGGCAGUGGCAGACGGUCUCGUAGCCGUAGCAACCCUAGGGAUAGACGCCGCUGAUUGGUGGGAAAGCUGAAGAUUGAGGGAGAGAGAGGGGGAAGUAGUGUUGCGGAGGACACAGCAGACAGGAAGUCUUGGGAAGGAAGUGUUUCCACUUGGUGAAUCAUUUGUCUCGCCUCAAAUUCAGGACUUGUGUCUGCUCCUCGCCACCUGCACCCGCCGUGCUUUAAUUCAUCCACUUCGACGCCAGCGUUGUCUUCCAAACACUUCUGCCAUGUCCCCGUCUCCUUAACGUCAGUUCUCACCAAAUGUCGCUCACAUGUUCGGUUUGUAGUGAAGUAUCGGUCCGUCUCGCUCCUUUCUCCCUCAGUCUUUUCUCCGUCUGUCUAUUAGGAGCGAAAAUUCAGUCUUCAUCCCGUAGAGAGCGGCAGCGUUCCUCCUCCUCCUCCUCCUCGCCUCCGUGUAGUGCUGUUCAUUUUCCUCCGCCAAAGAAAAGAAGCCGGGAAGGGCGGCGGUUUCUUUGGCACGCCUCAGCAUUUUGUCCCCGCUGAGGUUUGGGAGCCCGCCUCUUUAUUUUAGUUCUGUGGGUGAACAGUUCCUUCCUCCUCGGAGCCCUGUAAUAAAACCAGUCCAAAAUAGAUCCCUGACCUUCAAAUGUGUUCCAGGAUCAGUUUUAGCGUUACUCCUCUUUUUCUUUUCUUUUUUUAUACAUAUACGACUAGAUUUACAGGCCGUUGUCGUCGUCACCGUGAGGAAAGUUGAUUUGUUUUUGUGGAAGUUUUAUGCAUCUUGUUUAUUUUUUUUUCUGCCUUUGGAGGUUUGUGUGUUUAAAAGCAGGUGACGUUUGUACGAGUGAAUCUUGAGCUCCCACAGAUUCCUGAAGUCUCCAUAACUGUAACUUAGAAUAAGCGAUAGAAAGAGAUGUGGUAGUAAAUCUUGAGAUGAUGCAAAAGCCCAAGUUGAUCUUAAGUGGUUGAUCUACGAGGACGGGAUGGAUUUCUAGUGGAGGGUUAUUCUGUUAAUGCUACAGGACGCUGACCUUCCCUGCACUGACGUCUCCAACUACCAAUCCCUCCUACCACCUUUCAAUCAUAUAUAUAUUUAAGAGGAGGUAAAAAAAAAAAUAAAGUUUAUCUUCUAAUAGAGUAAUGGUUACAAUUUUAAUAUUUUUAAUUUAGUUUUUAGUUUAAAACACUUUGAUUUUGUUGCUUUUCUCCUCCUGCAAGUGCUGAAUGUACUAAGAACUUAAAAAUGAAUAAAAUUUAAAUUGGU